AUAACUUUACAUAUUGCAAAUACAACUUCUUUUACAGAAUAGAUUCCCAGAAAUCUCUGAUUGCCUAUUUUUAAUUAAUACAUUGCCAGAAUGCUUUCCUAAAAGCUUUCAUAACCCUCCUAGUAAAGCAUGAGUAAUACAUCCCUUUUUCUGACUCCCUUUUAGCUUUAGUUGGCUGAUCUUUAUAUUUUUGUUACCAAGAUGGAUGUAAAACGAGACCUCAUUGUUACUUCAACAGCACUUUCUGUACAUAAAUGAUACUGUGUCUAUUCACAAAUUUCCGGCCAUUUGAUUUUGCUCUUAGGUCAUCUGGCUACUCAUAUUUUUUGCCCAUUUUCCAUUUGGGCUGUUGGUCUUUUUCUUGUCAGUCUGUAAGAUCUCUGUGUAUUCGGGUUAUGGCUGAAGAGUGUAAAACUCUCUGAGCCAAGAAGGCUAAAAGAAGGCUAACUAGGCGGCUUCUCUCCCACCACACUGGAGGGGCAAUGUAAAUGAGCUUGGGGGUAUGUUUAGCAGAACUGGGUAGGCUGUUAUGCCCCGCAGCCACAGACUGCUAGUCUCGCUGUAGAUAGUGAAUCUGAACAGAAGACUGUAAAUGGAGCCAGACUGCAGCUGUGUGUGGAGGACUGAGAAGGUGAGGCAGUUGCGUACCGUGCUGCCUUCCACUGGUUAAGACCUCCAAGAGCGAAGGCCUGCCAAAGCAGAGGAUGUCCCUCUGCCGCCCUCAGAGGGGCAGCACUGUGCUGGCCAACAACUGUAGUGCUGCCUGUCCCUGGCGCAGAUGAGGCCUUCCACCAAUUCUAAAGGAUUCAGACAUCAGAAUCAGAGCUUCUCACCCUUCUUUCCACGUUAACACUUCUAAGAGAUGGCAUCCAUGUAUGUGCCUCUUACUAGGACAUUCCAGAUUUGAAGAAACCAGAGACAUCUUACAGGGAGGUAAAGCAUGACAGUUAUUGUCACCUUUGGCACUUUUACAAGAACAUCAGUAAUGAUUAUUCUCAGAUUGUGACACAGGUAAGAGAGUCUUUAGGUUUUGUGCAAUUUUUAAUACCCAACUCAAGAAUGCAAGGCCAAACUCUUGAUAUUAUGCAAAAACUUUAAAUCUCUUCUGAUUUAGAAAACAGAGGUUCAUUAUAUUAUUCUCACCAUGCUUGUGUAUAUUCAGUAAUAAAAAAAGGGACCUCUGGAAAGAUAAGAUUCAAAUGUAGAAGGAAAUAAAAUUCCAUUUUAAAAAAAGUAAGUGUAGAAAAUAAUUUUAGUUAAAGUUUGGCCACAAAAAAUAUUUUUAAGACCAAAACCAUUACAAGUUAUUCUUAAAGGUGCUCUGAAACUCCCCUCUUCAUCCCACCACUACCUACUUUGGGGACUUUAGCAACUUAAUAUACCCAUAGGGGUAAAUCUAGCCUUUAUUUUAUAAAGACCUUUUCUACUAAUUGUCGUUAUGAGUAAUCAUAUCCAAAUCAAUGCAUACUGUAUCAGAAGAUAUGUACCUAGCUAUUUCCUUUGUUAGAAAACAACUGGCAUUUGUCUUUUUUGAUAAUUCUGGUAAAUUUACUUUUUGUUUAAUGUGAGAGAUGAAGUUGAAUGUCCUGCCUGAUCCUGAGUGGACUUGCUUGAUGGGAAAAACAGGAUGAGGUUUAGAAAACUAGAAUGCAUCUGAAACAAGACUUACCAAUUGAAUUAAAAGCUCACACUAAAUGCUGUUGUAAUUAUUAUAACAACUUAUUUUUCCUGUUGUUUAUCUUCAUUCAUUCCAAGUGACAUUAGUGAGAUUCUGGAACUUUGUCCUCUCCACUGCUACUGGUUCAAAACUUGACAGUAUGAGUGGACACUGGUUGUCUUCAUUGUGCAUCUUCCCUCCAUCUUGCCUUGAUUUUCCCCUUGAAAUAAAUUCUCAGAAGAGCUCCAAGAGUCUGUCAUAUGUUCUCUUAUUUUAAAGUUUCAAAGCAAACUUGCCUAGAAUCACACAUUUGCUCCUUUUUGAAGUUAUUUCCCAAGGACAAACUUUACCUUUGUCUGUCACCCCUUGUUUGAUAGGGUCCUGCAAUGGCCAGUUGUUUUCCUAAUAAAGAAGAAUUUUGUUGCUUUAUACUGAUCCCUUUAACACGUACUGUAUUGAGUAAAGAAAGAAGCUAUUACUCCUCUUUAUUUUUCUAACUUAACGAAAAGUAUUGACUAAGCUUUGUCAAUGUGGCUGGGAUGAGCAAUACAGAAAACUAGUUUUAUUUGUUUUAUGACUCAAGCACCUAUGAGAAGAUCACAAAAAAUGAACACCAAAAAGGACAGGUGCUAGUCAGUAUUGCUAGUACCUAUUUUAAGGCUGUUUGAUUGAAUUUCUCUUACUCGACUGCCUGUCCUCUGAAUGUACUCCUAGUACUGCUGAUGGUUCUUCAGAACUCAGGAGUCACACUGCAGUGUCUCUACCAGAGCACUAGGGUUGGCUGCAUACCCUGAAGCAAUGACAGGGACCCGAUGGCCGUCAUGACAUGGCCCACCAUCUAAUUUAAAGACGCCGCAGACAGAAUGAGGAGUGACGAGCUGGCCGUGACCAUGGACGAGACCCGCGGGCCGGAAGACGCUGCGGCUCUGGGCGGCCCGGGCGCGGGGCUGGCGCCGGCGCCUUCCGGCCGCCUGGGGGCGCCAUACUCCGAGGCCUGGGGCUACUUUCACCUGGCGCCCGCGCGCCCGGGACACGCGGCGGGCCCCUGGGCCACCUGUCGGCUCUGCGGCGAGCAGGUGAGCCGCGGCCCGGGCUUCCACGCGGGCACGCCGGCACUGUGGAAGCACCUGAGGAGCGCGCACGGGCGGGAGCUGGAGAAGAGCGCCGCCCGCCGCUCGCCGCCCGCCGGCCCCUGCCCGCCGCCGCCGGCCCCCGGCCCCGCCGCGGCCGCGGAGGGAGACUGGGCGCGCCUGCUGGAGCAGAUGCGCGCCCUGGCCGUGCGCGGGAGCCUGCGCGAGCGCGAGCUGGCGCGACGCGAGGCGGCGGUGGAGCAGGGCGAGCGCGCCCUGGAGCGCAGGCGGAGGGCCCUGCAGGAGGGGGAGCGCGCGGUGGCCCAGGCCCGGCGGGAGCUGCAGGCCGAGAGGGAAGCGCUGCAGGCGCGGCUGCGGGAAGUGAGCCGCCGCGAAGGCGCCUUGGCCUUGGCGCUUGCCCCGCAGCAGACUCCGCUUAAAGAGGAGCCGGACGCGGAGAGGGAUGGCUGCAUCAUCACGAAGGUCCUCCUGUAGGCUUCUGCACCCUGGUCCGUGUCUUCACCAUCACCUGGGAGCAGAGUCUCGGGCCUCCUGCCGCCUCGCGCCAUCAGGCUCUCCAAGUGCGAGGCUUCCAGCAGCUCUUGGGAAGCAAGAGUAGAACCCAAAUUACGCUCUGGAGUUCGGGGCGCUUGGAGCGCAGGCUCCAGUGACUGUAGGCUUUCCGUGGGCAUCAGUGUCCCAGGUGGCUUUCCUCUGCCUUUGAGAAUGAGAGUCCCGGCAGCCUGUCAACUAGAUCUCAUGGAGCCAUAGCCCCUUAUUCUGUGACUUUUAGAAGCUUCCUUAUCCAGGGAGACUGGCACAUCACGUGGCCAUAUACCAGCCCGGGCAGCCACGAAAAUGAGGAUAAAGCAUUUUACCCUAAAAGAGAAGUUUACUCAUUUCCUAAUGAAUGUUUGUCCAGUGCCAGGUUCCAAAAAGGGGACCGACAUUCAUUAGUUUCAUGACAGCUUUUUACCCGUUAUCCGUGCUUCAUCAGGGCAGCCUGGGAGUACCCCUCUGUUGGCGCCCUUCCCGGGCUUGCCCAAGUGCACCCUUUCUUACCUCAGCCAUGUUCUUUCCCACUUCAGACCCGGUGGCAGCUGUCGUGACACUUUCCUGUCUCACGCCUCUUGUAGCAGGACUAACAGUAUGUGACCUCAUCCCCCUGUUGCUAGGAGUGGUGCUUCCUUUCACAUGUGUCUCUACAGUCCUUACUUCUAGGCAUCCCUCCCAUCCUUGGCCAACUUUUCAUCUCUGUUCUCACCCAUUCCUCUUCCACCUUUACUGGGCACUUCCUCUAUUAAUGUACCUCUUUUUCUGGCUCAUUCCCUCCCUUUUCCCAGACACUCUCAGUAAAAUUCAGUCCUCCUUGUACUGAAAAGACAGACUCCCCCAGCCCAGAAGCUGCUCACUGACAACCACCCAAGAAGAGCCUAGUUUGUACUUUCUCCUUAUUCUUUAUCCUGCAUUCCAUGGCCAGCAGGUCACACUACACUGGUUUCUAAGAAGCCACCACAGUCUCCCAAUGGCCAAAGAUGGUGAUUUAUUUUCAGCCUUCAUUAUGCUUAAUUUCUCCUCUUUUGAAAUUUCUCAUUUGGUAGACAGAACUUACCUUUCCUCCAAAGAACCCCUUUUCCUGGUAGACUGGUUCCCAAUUUUUCUUCAGGUUCUUUUUUCCCUCACUUUUUAUUGAAAACUUUCAAGCAUUCAGAAAAAGUUCAAAGGCAAGGACAAUGACUAUCCAUAUAGAACCUCCACUUAGAGGGAAGUGUUAACAUUUUAUCAUAUUUACUUUUUCUUCACCCCAUAUGUGCAUGACACUUCAUCCUUAAGUAUUUCAGCUUCUCUCUCUUAAGAACAAGGAUAUUGCUCUACAUGUUGUGAUAUGACUAUCAUUUCUAAGAAUAUAAUUGCCUAAGGUAGAAUCCUUGCUCAAAAGUUCUCAAUUGUCCCAACAGAAUCUUUUUGUCUUUUCUAAAAAACAGGGUUUAAUCAAGGUUCCUACAUUACUUUUGAUGUCUUUAGUCUCUUAGUUUGGAACAGCCCAUAAUUUUUUCCAUGACACUUUUUGAAGAAUCCCUGUCAUCUGUCUUAUAGAAUGUCUUCUAGAUUUGUUUGUUUUCUUAGGCCUAUUUCUGACUCAUCUAUCUGUACAACCAUAAUAAUCACCUCUGUGCCAAUGACUCGUGACUACCUCCAGCCUUGACUGUCCUGUCUGGGUCUUUUCUUCAUCCUUCAUGUCUAAUGCCCUGUUGCAUGUCUCUUCUCUACUUCUAUCUCCUGCUACGGAAGGUGUACGUCAACUCCGAGGCCCUGCUCUCCACCCAGUAACUAACACCGGUUGCUAAAAAUGUAGCAGGCAUAUACUGUACAUUUUGCAUGUGUUGCCCUUAUUCUCAUAGCAGCUCUAUGGAGAGGUAUUAGUACUAUGCACAUUUUACUACUAAGGAAACUGAGAUAGAGGAUUAAGCAGCAGAUCACAGCUGAUUAGUAGUAGUGGAGCUGAAUACAGGCCUUACCUCCACAUGCCAUGCUCCCAGCUGCUACAUUGUCUCCUUUGUUAGCAGGAGCUGACACUUGUUUUCCUGCCCAGCUCCAACCCCAUAUAGAACAAUCAGUGGCAUUCCAUGUACUGAGUAUUUACCAAGUGUGCCAGGAUUAUGCUAAAUGUGUUAUAAGAAUAAUUGCAUACCACAUGGGAAGCCUAUAAGGGUGCUUAAGCCCAUUUUGUGGAGGAUGAGACAAGUUUAGGGGAACAAAGUUCUUAGUACAUAGCUACUUAGAGGCUAAGAUUUGAAUUCCAGUCUCUUUGGCUCUUAGGUCCCUGAUUACUGAGUAUAUUUCUACAAAAUAUCACAACUUUCAUCUGAUGCCAUAUACCAAAAAGCUUAGGCCUCAAUUAUCUUUCAUUGGGGGUUCAUCUUCCCCAUCCUUGUUUUCCCUCAAUCCCCUUACCUGAUGUUAAAUUGGCCAAAGGAACUGCCCUAAGCCAACAUUGAUUAUAUCACUUUUCCUUCUCAAAGCAUACCCGCUCCACACCCCCAUCAAAUUACCCAUUAGCUAUAAGCUUUGACUUUGCAGCUUACAUUUAAAACCCCCACUCUGGUGCCAGUCUUAUGUGUCCACUCCCCUACAUCUAAUGUAGCCUCCAGCCUAACAGACUCCUUAUUCUUUCUCAUGUGCCCUGGUCUUGCUACCUCUACGUCUAUUGUUAUCCUUCCCUCCACUAAGUCUCUGACCUCUGAGUAUGAAAAAUCCCACCCAUUUUUCUAAGAUCAAGCUCAAAUUCAACUGUUUUUCAUUAGAGAUGAUGCUUGUCUCUGCAUCCUUAGCAUUUUGCAACAAAUAACCCUUAAAACAGAACCCUCCGGUAUUAGAUGGGGUUCUUGUUUUAUCUCCCUUGCCAAACCUUGACCCCUUGAGGAUUGUAAUGGACUUCACUCAUCUGACACCUACAGUGCCUUGCAUAUGAUAGUUGCUCAAUAAAUAUUUAAUGCACUGAACCCACACAAUGAGUUUAAGAAUUUUUAUGGUACAGUUCAGAUAAUUAUGGAUUUAUCUUUAAUUCUGAGAUUUUGUAACAGAAAUAAAAAUAACCUAAAAAAGAAAUAGCAGUAAUAGUUUUUAAAAGCUGUUUAGUCAAUAAAGAUUUAGUUUAGUGUUAGUUAUUGCGCUGAUAUCCAAUCAACUACUCUAGCAUGUCCUUAUCAGGAAUGGUUUUCUUAGAACUACCUUUUGUUUCACUAUAUGAAUAACACAAAUGCAAUCUAGAAAGAAAAGGACUGUAGUCCUGUCACCUUGGUAAAACAACUGUAAACAUUUUAGUAUAUUCUUUUGUCUUUUGCAGUUUUUACCUUUUAUAAUAGUGUAAGUUACUUCCCUUAAGUACUGAAAUUUAACUUCUUUAUGUGGGUAAGCUGAGUUGGAAGAUAUGAAUUGACUUUCUAGAAUAAGAAAAAAAUCAUCUGUAAAGUCACUCUUCUAUUUCACCAAUUGUUAGAAACAUUACAAUAAAUCAAAGAUUUAGAAUCUUAGCUGCUCCCUCAAGAAAGCUAUUGGGGAUCUAAAUAGCCCGUUGAGGGAAACAACAGAACAGUUGGUGUGACCGAUGACUGAGUGCUGGUGUGACAGUUAAGGGACUUUCUUUUAUACACUUCUUCGUUGUAAUUUUUCUAUACCAAGAAUGAAUUAUUUUAAUAAAGUAAAAAUUGGCAUCUUGCAACGGAAAAAUCCUCACCAUCAGUAUUUAGCUUCCUUAGUGAAAAUAAACAAAAUCUCUAAUACAAGGACUGAUAUAAUCCCACUUCCAGAAAAACCUAGAAAGAAAUGUAACCGUUGUCUAGUCCACCUCCAUCAUAUGGAAAGCUGUAAAUUUGUGUGAUGAUUGGAUCCUGUUGACUAGGAAAGCCAGGUGUUGAUGUGGGAGGGUUUGAUCAAGCUUGUAGAAUCAGAUGUGAAUUAAAAUCUAAGCUUUCCAUCAGGUUAGGUGUCAACUUGGUAACCACCUUAACUUGUCUAAACCUACUUUCCUUAUCAGUAAAAUAAGGACAAUAUAUACCUUAUGGGUUGUUUUAAGAACUAAGUAAGAUAUUUAGGCAAAUUCCGACACAUAGUUUAAACUCAAAAACUAUUACCUUCUAUUGCUCUUACCUGAAUAGGAGCUUGAAACCAAUUCAAUGGACUCCAAAAAGAGUAGGAUGGGAUGAUUCCUGAGUAGCCGUAUGCAAACUACAAAAGCUUGCCUAGUCAUUUUUCAUGCUAGAACUUUUUUCUAUCAGAACAUAAAUUUUAUACCUGAUUUACCAAAUGACUCGCUACAGUCAAAAUUCAGUAUUACCUGUGACUGUAAUCUGACAAAUCUUACAAGUAAAUAUAUCAAAAUAAAUAUCCACCUAAGUACUUUUCCAUUCAAAGUUGUCACCUUGAAGUACUAUAUAAUAAUCUCUCCAGGAAAGAUUGUUGUUGAAAGUGUUAUACAUUAAGCUUAAGUAAAGGGGGCCUCCCUGGUGGCGAAGGUGGUUGAGCACAGCCCUGUGAAGCUGUCCGCAGCCUCUGCAGUGCUGGUUCGAUCCCCACUGGCCUCGGAGCAACCCACAUGGCGAGCAGACCUCUCUUGUCUCACCCGCUACUCCCCUCAGCAGUGUAUUUCGUCAGUCUGCCUGUUCUGUUCCCCACUCUGUCUCCGGUGAAUCCUCUCACCCUCACGUGCAUCUGGCCUAUACCCCGGUUCUUGUAUAAAUAAAAAAAAAAAAAAAACUUAAAAAAAAAGGUUAAGUAAAGGUAGCACAGUAAUAGUAGAGAUUAAAGCUCACUUUAGUGGGUUUAUGAUGUGAAUGAAUUCAGGUAGCACUGGGAGUCAUUAUAUAUUUUAACAGUAUUAAAUGUUUCUUUUUAUGAAAACCUUAAUUAUGACAUUCUCUGAAAUCUGAUUUCACAGUAUUAAAAUAAAGGCUUUAAGG